AUGGAUUUCUGGCGGUGGCCCAAAUACCGGCGAUGCCCUAUUAUCAGCUUAGCAAAGUUGCCGCCAUGUGUCAUUACAAAAACGUCGGAUUUCAGGCAAACCAAGAAGUCGAGAGCUGCGAGGCUCGUCACGUGCUUUUUGAAGCCGUCCAGCUCGAACUUAUCAGCUAGUUCCUCCUUUGUGACCUGUAAAAGAUUCCCAUUCCCCGAAGCAUCACAGCUACCUCGCCCGGCUCAAGAGGGCACCGACCUUCCUUACGCUUCUGAAGAGCUAAGGCCCAAAGAUGAGAACCAUCCUGCAAAGGAGCAAAAGGCGACAGCUCACCCCAGUCGAUCGACAAAAGGUUUUAGAGCCAUUAUCUUCUUUUCCUUGAUACGAGGCAAAACGUUGUCUAUGUAG